AUGGCUAGUAACCUAGUCAGUCGCUUCUUCGGAGGACAGAGCAUCUAUGAAAGCCUCCGGCAGCACGACCGAAGAUCUGAUGACGGUUACAACGAUGAAGCUGAGCCCUUCGAAGAUGAGGCCGACUUUCACGCAAACCUAGAAGCCGGUAGAGGCGGGAUCUCCCGCGGCGAUACAACUGGUACCCAGCCGUAUGGCCUCGGUAGUGGAUUUGGACUUCGAAAACCUUCAGCUAGUGAUCACGAUGCUGUUAGGACGAGUGAGGAGUCUGAUGGCCCUACCCGAGCCUUUCUUUCCCCGAGGGACCGAAAUGAUAGCGAUGUUCCUGAGUCCUUAAUUAUCGAAGGCAACCGUCACGAGAGAAUGGUCGGAACGGGUAGUUCGGAUAUUUCAAGCCCCCCUCCUCCAGAAUUCUCUCGCUUUCAUGACCAGCCGACUACUUUUGACCAGCAACUCGGGAAUCUCCCACCACCUCCAUCAAGAGUGCUAGAAGAACGCUGGGCUGCAGUUCAAAACAAUAUAGCUCCACAAGUUGAAUCAAGGCCACCACCGGCCGCCCAAAGGCUCCCGCCUGGGUUUAUUGACCCCAAGCAGCGCGCUAUGUAUAAAUGGGCGAAUGUUGAGGAUUUGGAUUGUUUUCUCCACAGGGUCUAUGAGUACUAUCUUGGAAAGGGGAUAUAUUGUAUCUGCCUGGAAAGGUUCAUCGGGUUGCUGACUGUUGCCUUUGUCGUUGGGUUUUCGACAUAUAUUUUCAACUGUAUUGAUUUUACUAAGUUAAGGACCAGUAAAGCGCUUGGUGAAAUUACUAUUGGGCACUGCAUGGCGAAAAUGUCUCUCGGGUCAACAUUGAUUUUGUGGAUCUUCUGCCUGGUAUGGAUGAUAAAGCUGGUAUCAUACGUUUAUGAUAUAUGGAGACUGUGGGAAAUCCACCAAUUCUACCAUUAUCUAUUAGAUAUCCCAGAUCUGGAUAUGCAAACUAUCCAAUGGCAAGACGUUGUUCAAAAAUUGAUGGCUUUGCGAGACUCGAAUCCCGUCACUUCUUUAGCCACCACGAGAAAAUACAUUCGGAAUCAUAGCUCCAAACAGCGCAUGGAUGCCCACGACAUCGCAAAUCGAUUGAUGAGAAAAGAAAAUUAUCUUAUCGCUUUGUUCAACAAGGAUAUUCUCGAUCUAUCAAUCCCGCUACCAUUCCUGAGGGACCAUCAAUUAUUAACGAAAACUGUGGAGUGGAACCUUGGGCUAGCCAUAUUAGAUUUUGUCUUCCAUGAUGGCGAUAAUUUCAACCCUGUUUUUCUUAAAGAGUCGUCUCGGAAAGGCCUCUCACAAGCGUUACGAACACGAUUUGUCGUUUUCGGGUUCUUCAAUCUCCUAUUUGCCCCAUUCAUUGUCGCCUAUCUUGUGAUCCACUAUUUCUUCCAAUAUUUCAAUGAAUACCAAACAAACCCAAGCGCAAUUGGCUCUCGUCGAUACACUCCCCUCGCAGAGUGGAAGUUCCGAGAGUUCAAUGAGCUAGUUCAUCUUUUCCAUCGCAGAAUGAAUAUAAGCUAUCCAUUUGCGGUUAAGUACCUCGAGCAGUUCCCGAAGGAAAAGUUCGUUCAGGCAGCUAAGUUUGUUACAUUCAUCUUUGGAUCCUUUGCCGCAGUUCUAGCAAUUGCAUCUCUGCUCGACACAGAGCUACUCCAGUUCGAAAUCACAAAGGAUCGAACUGUCCUAUUCUAUAUUACUUUAUUCGGAUCCAUCACUGCGGUAGCAAGAGGAAUCAUUCCCGCAGAAACAGACGUCUUCGACCCUACAUACGAACUUUCCUGGGUUAUGUACCACACACGCUACAGCCCGCCAGAAUGGAAAGGUCGCUUACACUCUGACGAAGUCAAGAAGGAAUUCUCGAAACUUUAUGAACUUAAGAUAGUAAUCUUUUUCUGGGAAGUUGCGAGUAUCAUCUUGACGCCGUUUGUAAUGUGGUUUUCUCUGCCGAAGUGUAGUGACCGGAUCAUUGAUUUCUUUCGUGAGUUUACGGUACAUGUUGAUGGGAUCGGGUACGUCUGUAGCUUUGCAGAAUUUGAUUUCAAUAUGACUGGACCUAAGAAGUCUACGAGUAUUACCGGCCGCGAGGAAUACUACGAUUCACGAGAUAACAAGAUGAAAGCCUCUAUGAUGGGAUUUCUCGACAGUUAUGGAAAUCGACAAGCUGGUACCGCCUCGCGAAUCGCAUAUGCACCGGGCUACACAAAUCCUCUAGCAUCACCAGUCGCAGCACCAGAGAACAUGACCGGCACAAUAACCCAACGCCGAAAUAGAACCAACCCUGGAGUCCAACAAUCUCAACAAAUCAGCCAUUCGAUGUACCGUGGACAGGCAUCUGGCCUCCUAGACCGCCAUCACCACCCUGCACCCUCACACGCAAGAACACUUCGUCAAUCGGUAUACCAUAAUCCGGGAUUCCCUCGUCAAGAAAGUAUUCUACGAGAAGAGGAAGAUGAGGUAGAUAGUCCGGACGGACGGUAUAUCAGUAACUUGGGCGAAUCGUUUGUAUCAACCACCCUUGAGAACGACAAUUUACAAAUCGAACGAAUAGACGAUGAAGAUGAUUUACAAGGUGGAGGUGUGAUUGAUCUGCUACGACAGUUUCAACGAGCACAUGCGGAUAAUCAUGGAAGGGCUGGCGUUAAUUUGAUUUAA